UGGGGUGACGUCCGCGAGGCUUCUGAAGACGCAUUCCUGUGACGCCCGCGGUGGGGCCCUCGGGGGCGGCGCCGAGCGUCUGGCCUGUGUUGACUGUAGGCAAGGAAAGGAGGCCCCCGGGUCUGCGCCGGAUGGCCCCGGGCAGUGACUCGGUCCGGAGCCCCGGAACCCUACACCCACCUGGCCGAAAGCACAACGGAAACGCGCCGUCCUGUGGCCACUGUUAGGUGACCGGGUUCUGGGGAGGCGCGCCGGCAGGAAGAGAAAGCCGGCGCCAGUGGUCCAAGCGCCUUCUGUCGGGGCCCGCUCUCUACGUGGGAGGCGCGGAGCGGGGGGCCACGGGAAUCCCCAGUGCGGGAUCUAGUGACUUGGGCGCGGCCUAGCUGGCCCGUUCGCUCAGGGCUCCUUCUCUGCCAGGUCUGCCAUUGUACACUUUUCUGAUCUCCUCGGUCCCUUCUGUGAGCUAUGUCUCAGCCGUGUUUUUCAGGACUUGGGACGUGGCUUUCUCCUACAACCACCUGCCUGGCGGAACCCCAGGACCCUGUCCCCUGUUCCUCCUUUUCAGGGGUCAGUGACAUUCAGAGAUGUGGCCAUAGACUUCUCCCAGGAGGAGUGGAAAUGGCUUCAGCCUGCUCAAAGAGAUUUGUACCGACGUGUAAUGUUGGAGAACUAUGGCCAUCUGGUCUCACUGGCAGGUCUUUCCAUUUCUAAGCCAGAUGUGGUUUCCUUAUUGGAGCAAGGGAAAGAACCCUGGCUGGGGAAAAGGAAUGUGAAAAGAGAUCUGUUUUCAGCUUCAGAGUCAAGUGGUGAGAUCAAAGACUUUUCACCAAAAAAUGUCAUUUAUGAUGACUCAUCCCAGUAUUUGAUCAUGGAAAGAAUUCUAAGUCAAGGCCCUAUGUAUUCCAGUUUUAAAGGAGGCUGGAAAUGCAAGGAUCAUACAGAGAUGCUGCAAGAAAAUAAGGGAUGUAUUAGGAAAGUAACAGUCUCUCAUCAAGAAGCCCUGGCUCAACAUAUGAAUGUCAGUACUGUGGAGAGGCCCUAUGGAUGCCAUGAAUGUGGAAAAACUUUUGGUCGACGCUUUUCCCUGGUGUUACACCAGAGGACUCAUACUGGAGAGAAACCAUAUGCAUGUAAGGAAUGUGGCAAAACCUUUAGCCAGAUUUCAAACCUUGUGAAACAUCAAAUGAUACAUACUGGAAAGAAACCCCAUGAGUGUAAGGAUUGUAAUAAAACAUUCAGUUACCUUUCAUUUCUUAUUGAACACCAGAGAACGCACACUGGGGAGAAACCUUAUGAAUGUACUGAGUGUGGAAAGGCCUUUAGCCGUGCCUCCAACCUCACUCGACAUCAGAGAAUUCACAUAGGAAAGAAACAAUAUAUAUGCAGGAAAUGUGGGAAAGCAUUUAGCAGUGGCUCAGAACUCAUUCGCCACCAGAUUACACAUACUGGAGAGAAACCUUAUGAAUGCAUUGAAUGUGGGAAGGCAUUUCGCCGUUUCUCACACCUUACUCGACAUCAAAGCAUCCAUACAACCAAAACUCCAUAUGAAUGUAAUGAAUGUAGGAAAGCUUUCCGUUGUCACUCAUUCCUUACUAAACAUCAGAGAAUUCAUGCUGGAGAAAAGCUCUAUGAAUGUGACGAAUGUGGUAAAGUUUUCACUUGGCAUGCAUCCCUUAUUCAACAUACGAAGAUUCAUACUGGAGAGAAACCCUAUGCAUGUGCUGAAUGUGAUAAAGCCUUCAGCCGGAGCUUUUCCCUCAUUCUACAUCAGAGAACUCAUACUGGAGAGAAACCCUAUGUAUGUAAGGUAUGCAACAAAUCCUUCAGCUGGAGCUCAAAUCUCGCUAAACAUCAGAGAACACACACUCUUGACAACCCCUAUGAAUAUGAAAAUUCAUUUAAUUACCACUCAUUCCUUACUGAACACCAGUGAAUUUACACUGCAAAGAAAAACCACGAAUGUAUGAAAUUUUUUUAAAAGAAGUAUAAUGCCUUACUUUUACUUCAGAGAACUCUUGGAAAGAAGCCUUAUGUGAAAGUGAUGAAUGUGAAGUAAUAUAGCCCACAAUUUAUUCAACAUCCUGGAGAAAAAAACCCAGAAAUAUGUGGAAAAGCCAUUAAUAACCACUUUUUUUUUUUUUUUUGCAAUAACAAGGUGAAAUCGAUAUUGUUGAGAAGAUUCUUCUUCCAUCUGGAAAUAUUGAGAAGACUUCAUUUGGUAGGAUUCCCUUACUCUACGUUUGUAAAUUCCUACCAAGAAAGACUACAUAUCCAACAGACUGGAGAAAGCCAGAGAUUAUUAGCCCUCAUUCUGCAACUGUCAACCAGGACGGAAUGCAUGGGCAAGGGAUGAGCUUUACAAAGAUGUACUUUGGAGAUCAGGAUAUUCAUGUUUAAGUAAAGUGAUACAAACACAGUGAUUCGGGAAUGCCUUCAUUUACAAUGCAAUACUUAAAUUUUAAUACCCUUGUAAGAGAAAAAGCAACUGUAUAAAUGAAUGUAGAGUAACUUUCUGCAAUAUUUCAAAGCUGUAUCAGAGAACUACACUGUGGGAAAACUACCAUUGUAAUGAGUGUAGCAAAAUCUUAGAUAUCUGAAAAAUCAUACUGGAUGGAAUCUGUGAGAAAGGGUUCUAUUUUGAGGGAAGGGGGAUUGCUUUUUGUUUUUUAAGUGAAUUCAGAAAAUGUUACAAAUAAAUCUUUUGGUUUCUUAUAAACCUUCUACUUGCUGAUUUUUUCCCACAGCAUGUGAUUCCAAAAGUGUAACUACAAUAUUGACAUAAAAAAAAAAAGUAGUUUUUUUUUGUUGAAACAUACAAACAUAACUAGAAGUGUUUUUAGGUAUUUUAUGGUUUUAAUUUUCAGAGUUUAGAUUUAAGGUAAUGUUAACUGACAGUUAUCCUUGAAUCUGACUGUAGACAGUUGUUAUUCAGUGUGAAAUAAGUAUAAAUAAGAUACAUCACAGAAAA